AAUCCCUUCUGAAAUAUUUCUGUAAUUAUAUAGGCAACGUCCUAAGAAAGAUUUGCUCUUUUCGUGAGACGUCAUAAAAUGAAUAUGGCAACAAAAGCAGGAGUUUUGCUUAAACCUUGUUGGAUGGGUUUACGUCUACUUCUUCUUUCGGCUGCUUUCUUCGCCAUAGCCACCUGUAGCUCAAACACCUCAACUAUCGUCACCACCCUACCGGGUUAUUCCGGCGAGCUUCCUUUCACGUUUGAAACUGGAUAUAUUGGUGUAGGGGAGAAUGAGACGGUGCAGCUUUUCUACUAUUUUGUUGAAUCUCAAAGGAGUCCUUCGCGAGACCCUCUCCUUAUUUGGAUUACUGCAGGCCCCGGUUGCUCUGGUCUUGGCCCUUUUUUCUUUGAGAGUGGCCCCUUAACUUUCAAACUUGGAGAUUACAAUGGGAGCCUACCAACACUUCACGACAACCCAUGGGCAUGGACGCAGACUCUCAACAUCAUAUAUUUGGAUGCACCCGUUGGAGCUGGAUUCUCUUAUUCAGAAAGCCAGGAAGGCUAUGAAAUGGAUGACUAUAAAUAUGUGGCACAAGUCUACGAAUUUCUUCAAAAGUGGCUGAGCGAACACUCUCAGUUUCUGAACAAUCAAUUAUAUGUCGGCGGCGAGUCCUUCGGUGGCAAGCCUGUUCCGAUGAUUGUGCAACAGAUAGUGAUAGGUAACGAAGCUGGAAGCGUGCCAUUGAUUAAUCUAAAGGGCUAUGUGAUUGGGGGUCCGGCGACAGAUUCAUUCACUGAUGCGAAUGCAAGAAUCCCAUAUGCCCAUAGGCUGACUCUCAUCUCAGAUCAACUCUACGAGUCGGCAAAAGAGAGUUGCAACGGCAACUAUGUGGAUGUAGAUUCUGGGAAUUAUCAAUGCUCCUCAGACAUUGAUGCUAUCGACAAGCUGAUUGGAGACAUAAACACCCAAAACAUUUUGGAGCCAAAUUGUGUGAGUGGAUCCCCGGAACCAAAUGAUCAAAACGUAGAGCUGGUCCGAAGAUAUCUCUCAGAAAAGUCUACCUCUGCCUUGUGGUGUCGGAGUUAUAACCACAUGCUCAGCUAUGUGUGGGCGAAUAACAAAGGUGUCCAAGAAGCUCUUGGUGUUCGAGAGGGGACUAAAACCUUUUGGCAAUACUGUAAUACUACCUUAGAUUAUACUUCGACAGUCACAAGUGUUGUUGGUUAUCAUCGAAAUCUCACCAACGCAGACCUAAGAUGUCUGAUAUACAGUGGUGAUCAUGACAUGACUGUUCCAAACAUUGGCACACAAGAAUGGAUAAGGUCUCUCAAUUUGACCGUUGAUGAAAGCUGGAGAGUAUGGUCUGUUAAUGGCCAAACUGCAGGGUAUACGAAGAAGUUGAUUAGUGAUAACUUCACUUUGAUAUAUGCGACCUUGAAGGGAGGAGGCCACAUUGCUGCAGAAAACAUGGUCAAGGAGUGUGCUGCCAUGAUAGAUAGAUGGAUGGCUUAUUUCCCUCUUUAGGUGCGAUUGAUCCAACUUAUUUGGUAAUUUAUUUUGCUGCAGAAAACAUGGUUAAGUCCAAUAUUAUGUCAGAGUCCUAAUUAUCAUUCUAGUUAGAGUCCUAGUCGUUAUUCUAGCCUUUCUGUGUAAUCAAUAUUAUUUCUACAUGUACUUCUAUUGAAAGGAGGAAGCUAUCAAUAAAGAGGCUAAAUCCGAAUUAUUCCAACUA